GUUUCUGUUCAGUAGAGCUCCUUCGUUGGUCGGAUCGGUUUAAUCUAUUUCCUGUUGGUAUCAGUAUUCAAGUGAAACGUCCCCCGUUUUUUCGGGGAAUGAGACAUUUGUAAGAAACUUUAUUUGCACUUAACCAUGUCAGUUUGUCCAACAAUCCACCUAACUUUUCCUCAGUGGGACGGGGGCUCCCGCCAAAUUCGCUUUAUUUACCUAAUGAAUCUGACGUCGUUCAGGUUGACAGAGUGUCCGGAUCAGGUGAGUGAAUGUUGUCUCAGCAAGCAAUACAAGAAAUACUAAGAAGAUGUGGUUUAUGUGUAUUGUGUCCUUGUCUGUUUCAGAGCCCCGCUGUUCCUCUUUAUUUAGGAGCUGAUCUCUUCUGUAACACUGACAUCCGUACAGAGAACCAUCCCAAACACCACGCCAAGUUUGCCAAGAAAGGACUGGCAACUAAGAUACACUUUUCCUCAGGUAAGACACGAAGAGAGAGAAAAAAAUCAAUGCUCACACCUACACCCAGUAAAGCUUGACAGUGUUUUCUUUCUGUCAGUUUUCAGGUUCCGCGGGUUAAAGGUUCCUACUGUAAAUAACAGCCUCUGGUUCUACAGUGUUCAGGGACUUUUUCGAGUUGCCUUUGAAAUGUACAGUAAACAAGAGCAGCUGGCUGUGCUGGAAAACUUCCAGGUACAGUAGAGAUCUUUAUCCCUUCAUAUACCCUUUUUAAAUUAAUAUAAAUAAUUUUGAUAUUGUCUUUCUUUUUUUUCAUAUUUUAAUUUUCAUCUGGGAGAAACAUACAAAAUGAGUCCAAUCACAAUUACGCAUUUGUGGCAGAGCAAACAAUCUUCCCCAAUAGACUAACAUAUUCUCCCAUCUAUUACACUCCCUUUCAUUUUACAAUAUGUAAAGUAAGAACAUUUGAACAAUGGAUGUCACAUUUCCUCAUUCUCCACAAGAUCUACCAAUAUCAGUUUUCAGUUGUUCAAGUAGUUUAAUAGUCUGGUACUUCAAGCCACGUAUCAGAGGUAUUUAGAGCAGUUCAGGUCUGUGCUCUUAUAUAUCUGAUCCAUUUCGACCAACAUCUCUUAAAUGUCUCCGACCGUAGUCUCAGAGCAAAUGUCAGUCUCUCCAUAAUGUAAAUUUCGUGAACACUUCCUUGCCAGUCUUCCAGUGUCGGUGAGUUGGGUUGUAACCACCUCCUUGUUAUAGUCUUCUUUGCUCCAAUCAGUUACAUCUUCAUUAGAUAUUUGUCUGCUAUCACUUGAGUACGCAAUGCCAUGGUACCGAAAUACAUUAAGCUGACACCAAAUUGUAUAGUUAUUUGAAAUAUGUAUUCCAGACAAUCAUGUAUAUCAUGCCAAUAAGACUUAAGUUUAGCUAAAUCCGAACCACACAUCCUCCAACAGCUUAAUCCACCAAUGUUGUCUUUCUUACAGAAUGUAUGGAAAUCACAGAUCAACGACAGCCCUUUGGAAAUGAGUUACAGCCUCAGUAUGCAGCUGGAUUUUACACCAUCCAGCAACAUGCAUGAUGCAUCAUCAAAGCAUGAAAAGUCGCACCCUGGGCUGUGCCGCAUUAGCCGGGAAUCAGAAGAUGUGGAUGGCAGUCACACCGGUGAUACAUCAGCAGAUCAUAAUUAUUGUGUUUUUGCAAAGCAAACCCCGCACACCAAAAGCACACAAGCUGUAUUCGCAGUAAGGAAGAAGUUGGAGCACUUAGAUGAGAAGCUCUCUUUGAACACUCAAGGCUGCACAGACUAUCUAGAGACGAUCUUGCUGCUUCUGGAGAAUAUAGAUCAGUGCAUAAGUGGGCGUCUGGAGGAAAAGGAUGUCAAAGACACUGUGUUAGCCCUUUUAAAGGCUAAAGACUGGGGAUGUGCGUAUUCCAGUUCAUUACUUAGUUGUAUUGGACGUUGGCUUGGUCAGCAGUUUCAUGCAGCCAACAACAGCAUCAGCCACAAAGUGGAGGGCUUCAAAGUUCAUCAUAUCGAGCAGAUCAGUGACUUGCCACCUGCUGAGGAAUUAGCCACAGAGCUGUUCCCAGAGGCCAUGCAAACACUUCUGCUUCACUGGAUGGGUUUGAGUGAGGAGUCCACUCUGGUGAAGAGACACAGUGAAUACCCAAUCCUGCUGCUUAUCCUUGAGUUCGCCAAUCACAACCUCAUCACUGGUGUAGCCCAUGUGUUGUAUUCAAGCCUUAUAUGUAAAUAAAAUAGAUUUUUAUGUAGUUGGAGACAUUGGGACUUGGAGACUUAAUUCAAAUUCAGUCUAAUAAAUUCAUAUUUUUCAAAUGCUAAGUGUUUCCUUUUGUCCAUAGGACUGUCCAGGAUUUGCUGCUCAUUCUUGAACCAGGUUUUCGAAGACAUUCUGUAUUAAACGAUCUUCCAAAAUAA